ACUCCGGGGCUCCCGAGGCGGCUGGCGGGCGAUCUGGGGCGCGCAGGGCUGGAGAAGCGACCUGGGGCCCCUGUUUUGGGCGCCGGAGAUCGGAAGAGGGUUUGUCGUUGGUGCCCGCGGGCCCGAGCGCGAUCAGAGCGGGAGGAGGGAGCGAGGGUUCGCCCUGCGCCUAGCUGCCUCCCCGGCACUGGCUCUCCGGACUCGUAGGUCUGCAAGCUGCUGCUCCUCCCACCCCGGCCCGCCUCCUCGCUCUCUUGCUCGCUCUCUGAAGUUGCUGUGCUAGCCUUUACGUGCGUCCCGGCGAGUGCGGGCCGAGGGGCCCCGGGCCAGAACUGAGUAGAGGACAGGGGCGUCCCGGGCAGAGCGCAGCCGGCCGGGGAGUGGCCAUGUGUGGCGAGGCCGCGGUGAAGCUCGUCUGCAGCAAGUGACCUCGGGUCGUGGACCGCUGCCCUGCCCCCUCCGCUGCCACCUGGGGCGGCGCGGGCCCGGUGCCCCGGAUCGCGCGUAGAGCCGGCGCGAUGCACGUGCGCUCGCUGCGCGCUGCGGCGCCACACAGCUUCGUGGUGCUCUGGGCGCCUCUGUUCUUGCUGCGCUCCGCCCUGGCCGACUUCAGCCUGGACAACGAAGUGCACUCCAGCUUCAUCCACCGGCGCCUCCGCAGCCAGGAGCGGCGGGAGAUGCAGCGGGAGAUCCUGUCCAUCUUGGGCUUGCCCCAUCGCCCGCGCCCGCACCUCCAGGGAAAGCAUAAUUCGGCGCCCAUGUUCAUGUUGGACCUGUACAACGCCAUGGCGGUGGAGGAGAGCGGGCCGGACGGACAGGGCUUCUCCUACCCCUACAAGGCCGUCUUCAGUACCCAGGGUCCCCCUUUAGCCAGCCUGCAGGACAGCCACUUCCUCACCGACGCCGACAUGGUCAUGAGCUUCGUCAACCUAGUGGAACACGACAAAGAAUUCUUCCACCCUCGAUACCACCAUCGGGAGUUCCGGUUUGAUCUUUCCAAGAUCCCCGAGGGAGAAGCGGUGACCGCAGCUGAAUUCAGGAUCUACAAGGACUACAUCCGCGAGCGAUUUGACAACGAGACCUUCCAGAUCACGGUCUAUCAGGUGCUCCAGGAGCACUCAGGCAGGGAGUCGGACCUCUUCUUGCUGGACAGCCGCACCAUCUGGGCUUCUGAGGAGGGCUGGUUGGUGUUUGACAUCACUGCCACCAGCAACCACUGGGUGGUCAAUCCUCGACACAACCUGGGCCUACAGCUCUCCGUGGAGACCCUAGAUGGACAGAGCAUCAACCCCAAGUUGGCGGGCCUGAUUGGACGGCACGGACCCCAGAACAAGCAGCCCUUCAUGGUGGCCUUCUUCAAGGCCACGGAGGUCCAUCUCCGUAGCAUCCGGUCCACGGGGGGCAAGCAGCGUAGCCAGAACCGCUCAAAGACACCAAAGAAUCAAGAGGCACUGAGGAUGGCCAGCGUGGCAGAAAACAGCAGCAGUGACCAGAGGCAGGCUUGCAAGAAACAUGAGCUUUACGUCAGCUUCCGAGACCUUGGCUGGCAGGACUGGAUCAUCGCACCUGAAGGCUAUGCGGCCUACUACUGUGAGGGGGAGUGUGCCUUCCCUCUGAACUCCUACAUGAACGCCACCAACCAUGCCAUCGUCCAGACACUGGUUCAUUUCAUCAACCCAGACACGGUACCGAAGCCCUGCUGUGCACCCACCCAGCUCAACGCAAUAUCCGUCCUCUAUUUCGACGACAGCUCCAACGUCAUCCUGAAGAAGUACAGAAACAUGGUGGUACGGGCCUGCGGCUGCCACUAGCUCUUCCUGAAACCCUCACCUUUUGGGACCACAUUUUUCCAGAUCUGUGAUGUCUCACCAUCUAAGUCUCUCACUGCCCAUCUUGGCGAGGAGCCAACAGACCAACCGCCUCUCCUGAGCCUUCCCUUCGCCUCCCCAACCGGAAGCAUGUAAAGCAUUAGAAACCUGAGCUCCCAGUGGCUGGUGAUCACGCUUUCCUUCUGACACAUUAUGGACAAAAUCCUACAAGCUGCCACAGGAAACGUCUAGCAGGAAAAAUGUCUUCCAAGAAAGAGUCCGUUGGCCACACGGUCCCUGGUGCUCUGGGUCUUUGAGGGGUAAUUAGAAGCAUCCUUCGGCUACAGCAGGAGGAAGGGCAUAGCCAGGGUGGGCGCUUACGUCUGUGCUGAAGGGAAACCAAGCAGAAGUCCCUGUAAUAAAAUGUCACAAUAAAACCCAUGAAUGAAAACGGUUAGGAUGUUACAGAUAUAUUUUCCUAAACAUUUUA